CUUAUCAUUUAUUUAAUCAUAAUAGGUGAUGUGCUGUCAGGAAAUGAUUCUGAUGGAAAAUGGCACCUCGGUGUCCUACAGGAAUGGUUUGGCAUCCACUGGUGGACCUCAAGGCCAUUUUCUGUCCUUGUUGUGGUGCUUUGUGUUAUGCUUCCCUUGCUUUGUUUAAGGCGCAUAGAUUCACUUAGACAUGCAUCAGCUAUAUCUAUUCUGCUAGCAGUGCUUUUUGUUGCUGUAUGCUCUGGAAUGGCAUUAUAUUCAUUGUGGAAAGGGGAGACCGAAAGUUUAAGGCUUUUUCCUGACUUCUCAAAUGGAGUCUCUUUUUUUUAUCUCUUCACUACCAUCCCAGUAUUCGCCACAGCCUUUGGAUGCCAUGUGAACAUUCAUCCAAUCAGAGCAGAACUCGGCAGGCCAUCUGACAUGACCUCGGCAGUCCGGAUAUCCUUAGUGCUAUGUGUUGCCAUUUAUUUUGCUGUGGGCUUCUUUGGGUAUUUGCUAUUUGGGGACACAAUCAUGGCAGACAUGCUAGUCAACUUUGAUCAAAAGUCUGAUUCUUUCAUUCACUCAUUGCUGAACACCAUUGUUCGGCUGAGUUAUGCAGUUCAUCUCAUGCUGGUGUUUCCAAUCAUGAAUUAUUCUCUUAGAGUUAAUGUGAAUGAACUUUUGUUCCCAAAAGGACCCCUUUUGUCUACCAAAACUGCUAGGUUUUUAACUCUCACUGGCGUGCUUCUUGGAUUCAUGUAUGUUGCUGCUAUUUCCAUCCCAAAUAUAUGGUACUUCUUUCAGUUCAUGGGAACAACCACUGUCAUGUGCAUCAUGUUCAUUUUCCCAAGCUUGAUAAUUCUUAGAGAUGUUCAUAAAACAUGUACUAAGCAGGAUAAGAUGCUGGCGGUAUUGGUCAUUGUGUUUGCAGUUGGGACUAGUGUGACCGCCAUUUACUCUAAUGUAUCAACUUAUAUUAUCAAGAAGUAACCAGAUUUCAAGGUGAUAUAGUUAAUUCUUGAGGAUCAUUAGCAUGAUCCAUUGUUUAAAACAUAAUUUGAAAAAUAAUUUUAUUGUUGUUGUAGAGAGCAGUUUUAGUGUAUCAGUUUAGAAAGUUGCUUCAUUGUAAUUAAUAGUAUUCUGUGCAUUUGUUGGUUCUUUAUCCUUAUAUUACGUUGUAAUAAUCCCACUGACUACGGAGUAUUGUAAUU